AUGAAACUUGACUUUCAUUUAACUUCUUCGACGAGUGUUACAUACCAACGUUCUUUGAUUUCAUCGGUGGACCAAUCACGAGCACCCACGAUUUACGGGGUGUUUGUUGUAACGUCUGCUGCGAUGGCAGCGAUUAAAUAUAUUUCGGUGUUUUUUAUAAAUUUGGCGAUAUGUAUAAUAAUUACAUUAGCAGGGAGGGAUUUUUACAACAUCCUCGGUGUCCCACGUAGCGCGAGCACAAAUGCAAUAAAGAAAGCUUAUAGGAAAUUAGCUAAGGAAUUGCAUCCAGAUAAAAAUAAAGAUGAUCCAGAUGCUUCCCAAAAAUUUCAAGAUUUGGGAGCUGCUUAUGAAGUGCUCUCAGAUCCUGAAACGAGAAAAAUGUAUGAUCGAUGUGGAGAAGAAUGUGUGAAGAAAGAUGGCUCGAUGGAUAAUUCUAAUCCUUUUGCAAGUUUCUUCGGAGACUUUAGUUUUCAUUUUUCUGGAGAUUCUAAUCAACAACAAGAAACACCUAGAGGUUCUAACGUUGUAGUUGAUUUAUCUGUCACACUCGAAGAAUUAUACAGUGGCAAUUUUAUUGAAAUAACAAGAAAUAAAGUGGUUGCAAAAGCUGCCAAAGGGACAAGGAAGUGUAAUUGUAGACAAGAAUUUGUGACAAUUAAUUUAGGAAAUGGUAGAUUCCAAAUGAUGCAGCAACAAUUUUGUUCAGAAUGUCCAAAUGUUGAAUUUGUAAAUGAAGAACGAAUCCUAGAAGUAGAAGUUGAACCUGGAAUGGUAGAUGGACAAGAAACUAAAUUCACUGCUGAAGGAGAGCCACAUCUUGAUGGUGAACCAGGAGAUCUAAUACUGAAAAUUAAAACGGAUCCUCAUCCAGUUUUUGAAAGAAUUGGAGAUGAUUUAUACACAAAUGUAACUAUUUCAAUGCAAGAUGCUUUAAUAGGUUUCACUAUGGAUAUAAUACAUUUGGAUGGACGUAAAGUGACUAUUCAAAGGGAUAAAAUCACUAGACCAGGUGCAAGGAUCAGGAAAAAAGGAGAAGGCAUGCCUAACUAUGAAAAUAAUAAUCUUCAUGGUACUCUGUAUAUCACAUUCGAUAUUGCAUUCCCUGACAAAGACUUUUCAAAUGAACAAAAAGAAGAAAUUAAAAAACUUCUACAACAGAGUCCUGUGAAUAGAGUAUAUAAUGGAAUAAAAAGAAAUAGAUACCCAAAUAUAAUGUAAAUACAAAAUAACAUUGCAUAGCGUGCUACAUACAUAAUUGAAACUGUAAUGCCAUUGAAUGUUUAUAUAUUUGUAUAAUAGAGUGGAAUACUUGACUAUCGAAAAUACCAACAGGAUUGGUGACUAAUUCUUACUUUGGAUAAAAUGAAAUGUGCAUAGUCCAAUUAAUUUAAUUAUUACAUGCACAUGUACUUCCUCUUUAAUUAUAGAAGACUGUUUCUGUAUGAUUUCUAGUGUCAGUGAUUUGAAAUAAUGAAAGUAAUGAUUAUUAACGGUUAUUUAAAUAAGUUAUGUUUAAAAGACAAGAAAGGUGAAUGAAUGUCAUAAAUAAAUGAAAUGAAUUAUUAUUGAAACAAUGAAA